CCAACAGCAAGUUCACUCACUCUACUGCGUCCAAUUUUAAUCUCAGUCUUAAUCUUAAUCACAGCUUUGAAGAUGAAGUUAGCACCGAGGGAGGUGGAGAAAUUGAUGUUACAUAAUGCCGGAUAUUUAGCUCAGAAACGCCUUGCUCGCGGUUUAAGGCUUAAUUACGUUGAAGCCGUUGCACUUAUCGCCACUCAGAUUUUGGAAUUUGUACAUGAUGGUGAUAAGAGUGUGGCAGAAUUAAUGGAUGUUGGGAGACAGCUUUUAGGAAGAAGACAAGUUCUUUCAACCGUUCCACACCUUUUAGACUCUGUUCAGGUUGAGGGGACGUUUUCUGACGGCACAAAGCUAAUUACUGUACAUGAUCCAAUAUCGACCGAAAAUGGAAAUUUGGAUCUAGCUUUACAUGGGUCUUUUCUUCCAGUUCCUUCACUUGAAAAGUUUCCAGUUAUAGAAGGUGGUAAGAUUCCCGGUGAAGUGUUAUUUGGACAGGGGCAUAUAGUGCUUAAUUCUGGAAGGGAAGCUCUAACCCUUAAAGUAACGAACGACGGAGAUAGACCAAUCCAGGUUGGCAGCCAUUAUCAUUUUAUUGAGGUCAAUCCAUCUUUGAUUUUUGAUCGUCGAAAAGCAUAUGGUAUGAGAUUAAAUAUACCGGCAGGAACAGCUAUUAGAUUUGAGCCAGGGGAUUCAAGAUCUGUCACUGUCGUAAGGAUCGGUGGCAAUCAAAUUAUAAGAGGAGGUAAUGCAAUUGCAGACAGCCCUGCCAAUGAUGCAAAUGUUGAAGCAGUGAUGGAGUCUGUACGUUCAAGAGGAUUUGGCAAUCUAAUGGAUACUAAUACCAAUAUUGGUUUGAUUGUAGAAGGAUCUCCCCUGGUUUGUAAAAUGACCCAUGAGGCUUAUGCUAAUAUGUAUGGUCCUACUACUGGAGACAAAAUUCGGCUUGGUGACACUGACUUGUUUGCUGAAGUUGAAAGAGAUUUUGCUGUUUUUGGGGACGAGUGUGUAUUUGGUGGAGGAAAAGUUAUAAGAGAAGGAAUGGGACAAGCUUCAGGGUAUUCUGCAUCUGAUUGCUUGGAUACUGUCAUUACAAAUGCUUUGAUAAUUGAUUAUACAGGAAUCUACAAAGCAGAUAUAGGUAUUAAAGGAGGUUACAUUUCUUCCAUUGGGAAAUCAGGAAAUCCUGAUGCCAUGAAUGGUGUCUCCGAUAACAUGAUCAUCGGGGUUAGCACUGAGGUCAUUGCUGGAGAAGGCAUGAUAGUGACAGCUGGUGCCAUAGAUUGUCAUGUGCACUUCAUAUGUCCUCAAUUGGCAUAUGAAGCAAUAUCUAGCGGUAUCACAACUAUGAUAGGAGGCGGGACGGGACCUGCUGAGGGGACACGUGCAACUACAUGUACUCCUGGACCUAUACAUAUGAAAUUAAUGUUGCAAGCAACCGAUGACAUACCAGUUAACUUUGGAUUUACUGGGAAAGGUAAUAGUGCUAAACCAGAAGGGCUACAUGAAAUAAUUAGGGCUGGUGCAAUGGGACUGAAGCUCCACGAGGAUUGGGGAACAACCCCUGCUGCUAUAGACAACUGUUUGGCGGUUGCUGAGCAGUAUGACAUCCAGGUUAAUAUCCACACUGACACCUUAAACGAAUCUGGAUUUGUUGAACAUACAAUUGCCGCAUUUAAAGAUAGGACAAUUCACACAUACCACAGUGAAGGUGCAGGUGGUGGUCAUGCUCCAGAUAUUAUUAAAGUAUGUGGUGUUAAAAACGUUUUACCCUCUUCAACAAAUCCAACACGUCCUUACACUAAGAACACAAUAGAUGAGCAUCUGGAUAUGCUGAUGGUCUGCCAUCACCUUGAUAAGAACAUACCCGAGGAUGUACAUUUUGCUGAGUCGCGGAUCAGGGCUGAAACAAUUGCUGCCGAAGACAUUUUACAUGAUAUGGGGGCAAUAAGCAUCAUAUCAUCUGAUUCACAGGCGAUGGGCCGCAUUGGGGAGGUAAUUACAAGAACUUGGCAAACAGCUCACAAGAUGAAGUUACAAAGAGGAUCGACUGAUGGUAACAUACCACAAAAUGAUAACCUCCGCAUCAAACGUUUUAUCGCCAAGUACACAAUAAAUCCAGCAAUAGCUAAUGGUGUUUCUGACCAUGUUGGGUCAGUUGAGGUGGGAAAGUUAGCUGAUCUUGUAAUUUGGAAGCCAUCAUUUUUUGGGGUGAAACCGGAAAUGGUGAUUAAAGGAGGUGACAUCGCAUGGGCUAACAUGGGGGAUCCUAAUGCAAGCAUCCCUACUCCUCAACCGGUUAUAAUGAGACCCAUGUUUGGGGCAUUUGGCAAGGCUGGAAGCUCCAACUCCAUUGCUUUUGUCAGCAAGGCUGCUUUGGACUGCAAUAUAAAGACCUUCUACGGACUCAAUAAGAAGGUAAUAAGUGUGAAAAAUGUUAGGAAGCUCACGAAACUCGACAUGAAACUGAAUGAUGCACUUCCAAACAUUGAGGUUGAUCCUGAGACAUACGCGGUGACUGCGGAUGGUGUGCAUCUCACAUGCACUGCAGCUACAAGUGUUCCACUUUCUCGAAACUACUUCUUAUUUUAAGCAUACAGGAAUUGGUUAUAAUUUGCGUCCUUAAUGAUCUGAUGGAGACAUGAAAUUCAUGUGUGUUACCCUUAUAUUGUAACAAAGGUGUGGAAAGUUUGCAACCAACAAGCAUAAGAAAAGCUGUUUUAUACUCUCCAUCAGGCGCAUUAGUUUGCUGGUCAUAUUUUGUUUUUUCUCAAUAAUAAAUUGUAACAGCUAGUAAGUCAUGGAUUCGAGUCAUCAUUUUUUCUUAAAUUCUUUAGGAAAUUACACGCCAAUUUGUAUCUUCUUAUAUCUUGUAGAUGAUCAUAAUGUUUCAACCAGUAAGUACACUCUAGUAAAGCUGAGAGGCGCUCAAUUUCACAUCUGAUUAUCAGUAACCAAAAGGCAAAAACUCACAGGAUGGUUUGAACCAUGGCUUGAUCCCAUAAUCAACUUUUAGUUCGAUUUUAUAUAUUUUUUUUCUUCCUAUCAAAUCAUUGAUUUAUGUAUUAAACUUUGUUAAGAAUAUCAUAUAAUAGUUAUUUUCUAAUUUUCAUUUUUAAA